AUGGACCCAGCCUCAACCUCGGCCGUGCCGGCCGGCGCACAGCCGCCGCGCCCACGUCGACCGCCGUCCAGGUCGCCAUCCAAGCAACCUCUCCCACCCGCAUCCAAGCCAUCUCCCCCCCCACCCAGCCGCACCCUCAAGCAAUCUCCCCCGCCACCCAGCCGCACCCUCAAACAGCCGAUGACGUUGCGCGUCACCGAGGCGUCUGAAGCUGAGGCGGGGGCGGGAGACAAGGCCGAGCUCCGGAGAGCAUUCGAGAAGCGCGUCCAGUAUGCGCGCCGGGCUGAGAAAUGGGCCGACCGCGCUAUGGAACAGGUGUUGGAUCGCGACACGUUUGUCAAGGCUCUCUCAUACCUCCACUGCGCAUCGUAUCUCGAAGUACAACACGAGCGCCACCUCAAUGGUCUGUGCGCGUACACGCCCUGCGGCCGAGGCCCCGCCGCCGCGUAUCGGAGCGGCAAGCGAUUCGUCGUCUCAACCGCAUCACGCACCAUUACCGAGAAGGACGGUAAUGACGACCAGGCGUUCUGCGGCCGGAAAUGUGCUGCUCGGUCAUGGUAUGUUCUGCAACAAUUGGGGACGGCUGCCGCCUGGCUAGGCCCAGGUGAAAAGGUCACCUUGUUGGAGGAGAAGGAGGAUAACGGAGAGGUGGUGUGGGGCGGCAAGAAGGGAGAUGUGAUGAGUUGGGUCAAGCGAGAAGAGGAGAAGAAGAAGAGAGAGGAGGAGGAAGAGGAGGAGGAGAAGAAGGAGGAGACGGGAGUGGGCGCACUCCUCGCGGGGCUGACAAUUGUCGAGCGCGCAACGCCCAAGACGCCACCAGCGGCGCCUCGACUUAAUGUUCCCAGCCUCCCUGUCCUACCGGGUGUCCCAGUGGCCGUUAGCGGAUCAGGCCAACUGGCUGGCCUCCCACUCCCCCUUCCCGGUGGGGAGGUGCAGGUGUCCUCGCCUCUGUUCUCGAAGAACUCGUCUCUGUUAUCGAAAGAGGAGCUCGCGAACAGUGCCGCCGUGUCGCGUCGCGCUGGCUCGUCCCUCCUCUCCACUGAACACGCGGGCCUCGCUACGAGCGUGAUCAAUGCGUCGCGCAAGAUGGCCGUCGUUGAGCCCAGCGACGACAGCGAAGAGGAAGAGGAGGAGUGGGCCAAGGCUAUGGGGUGGGGAUCUGGGCCCGAGGUCGACGCGCUUUUCGCCGUUGCCGCCGAGUCGCGCAAGUUGAUGCAGGACAGCGAGGGCACAGCGGAGCAAAGCACACCAGCCGCGGCAUCUGGUCAGUAG